UUGUUUCCAAAAGGGGAAGAUGCUGAAGAUUUAAAGCAAAACACUUCAAACAGACUGCACAUCGUUCCACUUGACGUGACGUCCGACGACAGCGUUCAAGAAAGCCAAAGAUUACAUCAAGAGACAACUGGGAGAUAACAUCUUGUGGGCCAUUGUUAACAAUGCGGGCAUCAAUGCUGGUGGAGAAGUGAUUUGGACCAGUAUGAAUACUGUAAAAAAGAUAUUUGAUGUGAAUACUUUUGGUGUCGUCCGCGUGACAAAGGCUUUUCUACCGAUGUUGUGCAAAUCUCAAGGAAGAGUGGUAACAACAACAAGCUUCGUUGCUAGGUGUUCAACUCCUGGCCUUGUCGCUUAUAGUUCAAGUAAGCAAGCAGCUCAGAGCUUUUGCGAUGGUCUAAGGUUAGAAAUGUAUCGGUUUGGCGUAAAAGUGGUCACCAUUCAGCCAUCGGCUCACAAUACUAAUUUUAUGAAUAAAGAAAUGAUUUUUGAUUACGUAAAUAAAGAAUGGGAAGAAACUGCUCUUGAAGUGAAAGAAGUUAUGGCUGCUGAUACCUUGGAGUUUGCAAAGCGUGUUGCAAUGAAUAUUUCAGCGUGGUCCACAAAAUAUGACCUGAAAGGGACCAUCGAUCAGUUUGAAGAAGCAGUAAUGGCAGUGAAUCCGAAAUACUCUUAUAAUCCUGGAACUAUGUAUUCUCGUAUUUCUUUAUGGUUCUUGAAUAUGAUUCCUAAGCCCUUUGCCGAUCUUCUCCUCGCAAGAGUAUUAAUGAGAUGAAACCUAUAUGUAUUAGCACUCUCUAAUAAUUGAUUGCAUUAUGUUGUUAUUCUAACAAUGAAUUAUAUUAUGUAUAAUAACGGAUUAAUUAUGCAUAAUAAUGAAUUACAAUAUGUGCAAAUAUGUUGUAAUAAUUGAUUAUAUUACGUACUUUCUAAGUAGUAAUAUAAUCCAUUAUUACUACUUAGAAAGUUAUAAAAGUUAUUAGAAAGUGUUAGUACUUUCUAAUAAUGGAUAACAUUUGUUAGCUCAUGUUCUUAUAAGAUGUACGCAAAAAUUAAUCACGUUCAGUUUAAUAAAGAAAUCCCAAACAUGCUAAUUUUA